UGUAUGUAGGUAAUUGAUUUUUAUUGAUUGAUUGAUUAAUUAUAAUUUAAUCCUAUUUUCAUUGUUUUCUGUAGACCCAUCCAACAAUAGAGGAAAUGCUUAGGGUUAAAUUAAAAAACUUACUUAGAGCCUAUAAGACUGCUGUCGACAACAACAAAAGGACUGGAGAGUCCUUAAUGAAAACUUUUUUGGGGGCCAAAUGAGUGAAAGAUUUAUUUCCCAGCCCAUUAAUAAAAACACACACUCUUUAAAUUGAGUGAAUGUUGAAUUGAAAUAAAAUGUGGCAAAAAAUAAGAAGGACUAUCAAUGGAAGCAAGAGAAUCUAGCAAAACUCCAGUAGCAUCUUCUACUUCAUCUGUAAAUAGAAUGGGUACAAAAAUGAUUGAAACAGUUAAUGUUUCAAAGACAGAAUCAAGUAUAUCUUUAAGCCCGGAAACGUCCUCUGCUUCACACAUCUGCAUCGGUCCAACAUCAUCAAAAUAUGCCUCCAUUGUAGCCAUAUUUGGGCAAUUUCUUCUCUCUGCGUGGCCACUUCACAUAUUCAUGACCGAUGGAUAUAAGCCACAAAGUCACCCUCUUCACAAUACUACAAGCGGUGGAACGUUAUAUGCCAAAUAAAUUCAAUUUUCGCAAUUUCACGAAAAGUAUUUUUGUUCGCCAAAUACCACAGAAAUGUAUGUUUUUCUUUUUUAGCAGAAGUUUUCGGCAGCUCUCUUCUUGAUGACGUAACAAAUCGUGGCAAUAACUUAUACCGAACUAGAAUAAAUUUUAAUUUUUAUGUACAUGUAAACGUUAAUAUAAAAUAAGAAACAUUUUGUGUAUACCUAUCAAAAUGUGGACAGUUGACCUAUGAAGCUGAAAGUGGGUUUUAAAAUAUGCGUCGCAAACGUAUGCACAAUUUCCAAAAAAAUUGUUAUUUUAUUCUGAUGAUUUGGAUGCGUAUUUUCAUCUGUUGCGGAAUUGGAACUACUCGUAUCAUCUAUUAGUCCGGACAAAUUUGACGAGAGUGAUUCAUCGCUAUCAAAUAAGGACUACAAAAUAUGAAAGUUUAUUAUAAAAAGACAACAAAAUAAAAAUAAAUACCACAUCAGCUAUUA